CCAAUGGGCUUGGCCGCACGGCCGCGCGCACUCGCACCCGCUGUCCCCAAGACCCCGGCACACGGUCACCAGCUCGGGUUUUCGGCUCUCGUCCAGCCCGUAGCCGUCGGAGUCGCCAUGCAGUCCCUGCGCACCGCGCUCCUCCUUUUGCUACUGCUGGUGGCGCCCUCCUUAGCUCUGCCAUCAAGGUCCGGCCGCUCGGCCCCAGGUGCCACUGUCUGCCCCGAGCGCUGCGAUCCUACACGCUGCGCCCCGCCGCCCACGGACUGCGAAGGCGGCCGAGUCCGGGACGCGUGCGGCUGCUGCGAGGUGUGCGGCGCGCCUGAGGGUGCAGCGUGCGGCCUGCAGGAGGGACCCUGCGGCGAGGGGCUGCAAUGCGUUGUACCCUUCGGGGUGCCGGCCUCGGCCACAGUAAGACGGCGCGCACAGGCCGGCCUGUGCGUGUGUGCCAGCAGUGAGCCGGUGUGCGGCAGCGACGCCAAGACCUACACCAACUUGUGCCAGCUGCGCGCCGCCAGCCGCCGCUCCGAGAAGCUUCGCCAGCCGCCGGUCAUCGUCCUGCAGCGCGGCGCUUGCGGCCAAGGGCAAGAAGAUCCCAACAGUUUGCGUCACAAAUACAACUUUAUUGCUGAUGUGGUGGAGAAGAUCGCUCCUGCUGUGGUUCAUAUUGAAUUGUAUCGCAAGCUCCCUUUCUCCAAGAGGGAGGUGCCAGUGGCCAGUGGGUCUGGGUUUAUCGUGUCUGAGGAUGGAUUGAUUGUGACAAAUGCCCACGUGGUGACCAACAAAAACCGGGUCAAGGUUGAGCUGAAGAACGGAGCUACCUACGAAGCCAAAAUCAAGGAUGUGGAUGAAAAGGCAGACAUCGCACUUAUCAAAAUUGACCACCAGGGGAAGCUGCCAGUCUUGCUGCUUGGCCGAUCCUCGGAGCUGCGACCGGGAGAGUUUGUGGUCGCCAUCGGAAGCCCCUUUUCCCUUCAAAACACAGUCACCACCGGGAUCGUUAGCACCACCCAGAGAGGUGGUAAAGAGUUGGGGCUCCGGAACUCCGAUAUGGACUAUAUUCAGACAGAUGCCAUCAUUAACUAUGGAAACUCCGGAGGCCCGUUAGUAAACCUGGAUGGCGAGGUGAUUGGGAUUAACACCUUGAAGGUGACGGCGGGCAUCUCCUUUGCAAUCCCAUCCGAUAAAAUAAAAAAGUUCCUGACGGAGUCCCAUGACAGACAGGCCAAAGGGAAAGCUGUCACUAAGAAGAAGUAUAUUGGGAUCCGAAUGAUGUCGCUCACAUCUAGCAGCAAGGCCAAAGAGCUGAAGGACCGCCACCGAGACUUCCCGGAUGUGCUCUCUGGAGCGUACAUCAUAGAAGUCAUCCCCGACACCCCAGCAGAAGCUGGAGGGCUCAAGGAAAAUGACGUCAUCAUCAGCAUCAAUGGACAGUCGGUGGUCACUGCCAAUGAUGUCAGUGACGUCAUUAAAAAGGAAAGCACCCUGAAUAUGGUUGUCCGCAGGGGCAACGAAGACAUUAUGAUUACCGUGAUUCCUGAAGAGAUCGACCCGUAGGCAGAGGCAGGGGCUGGACUUCAUGUUUCCUAAAAGACUCCAAUGGAUGACACAUGAGAACUCUGAGCUGGUGACACAGGAGGACAUCCAGGACCUCUGUCCAACACUUAACUCGUUCAGGGAACACCCUGCUGGCAGAAUCCUUCUUGAUAGUUUGCGGGCAAAACAAAUGUAGUGUUGCAGGUGCCCAGGCAUAAAGCCCCGCCCUCUGUAUGCUAUGUAUGCAGCGUGCUUUUUCUUAUAAGCUUGGGCUGUUCCUGCUUAAACAGUCAACGUUUGUCCCUUCCCUUAGCCCUGGUUGUCCAACUAACGCAGUCGACUGGAUGCAUAGAAAAAAGGAAGGUCCUCCCUGCCAAGGUCUUGGGCGUGUUUACACUUUUCCUCCGAGUCAGCACCCAGGGGAUGUUGAUGCCCUGAGACCCACAGGUGGGUGACCCUGGCUUCUGAGAUGGCCAGGGAUGCCUCUUAGGAACCCUGGCACCAGGAGCACAGUGACUUUGAGUUUCCGCUAUUAAAAUACUUCUUGAUACUUG